UUAUUAGAGAAGUGAAGAAACAAAAGAAUGGCUAUUCCGUAGAGCAGCUCCGAGGGCUGUUGGUUGGCUGCUUUCAGAAUUCUCUAUUUACCUUUAGGGUUUGACCAUAUGGCUAUAGUGAGUCUCAGUGUGGGUCUCUUUAAGACUAUUCUUUUUGGGUUUCUUACCUUUUGGAUCAAAAUAUGCAUGUCUUUCAUCAGAUUUGAGAAGUUUUGGGCCAUUUUUUCUGUGAAUGUUUUUUUCUGCCCCAUUCUAGUCCCCUCUGAUGUGUAUGAUUGUUCACUUGACCUUUAGACUGUGUUCAUUUUUCUUCAUUCUUUUUCUUCAUUCUUCAAAUUGUAUAAUCUUUCUUGUGUGCAGUGACUGAAGUUUUUGUUCUUCACAGUCAGCCAGUGACCUGACAAAGUUUCUUCCUUCCCAAAAGGUACUCCCAUCCCUUUGUAUCUUCUGAUAGAUGCUUUUGAGGGAAGCUUCUGUAGCCCAGGAAGGCUGAAUGCAAGGCAAGGUCUGCUUCAUUCCCUAAAGGAACCACUAGACCAACCAAAACCCUGAACCUGUGCUUUGGAGGACAGGGUCCCCACUGCCCACUCUGGCACCAGCCGGAUAUCCCAGGAGUGCAGGCUGCUGUCCUCCAGCUCUAGGGCAGCAGGAACAGGGGCUGAGGAACAGGGUUGGUAGCAGGCCCAUAAGGAUCUGAAAUGAUUCCAGAGUUUUGAAAUAGUUGAUUGCAGGUGCUCAGUAGUUUCUGUGGGAGCGUCUGACCCCCUAGACCUUCCCGCUCCACUAUUGUGCACAAUGUCAUUCCUCCCAGUGUUUUUGAUCAUACACAGAUGAUUCUUGUCUUAUUACAGCUAUUACAGUGGUAGCUGCAAAUGUGCUCUUCUUGUUCUCUCAUUUCUUCUAUUUCUGUUAUUGGCUAUUUCCAGUAAAAAAGAGGAACUGUUGCUUUCUUUACAGUAGAUUUAUGUUAGAAGUCGAUAUUGAUGCUGAGAAUAAAGUUUCCUAUUUUUGUAAUGAUAUAUAUAGAGAGAGCUCAUUUUAUAUACAUAGAAGUGUAUGUGGAUAAUCUCAUGUCUAUAAUUGUAUGGGUAUUUUGUAAUUAUAUGGAUACACAUAUAUAUUUGCUAUAGUCUUAGCAUGAAUAUAAUUAUGUAUGGAUAUAAAAGUCUUUACAUAUAUUGACAUACAAUAGGAACCUACAGCAUUAGCUGUAUAUGAUUAUUUAUCUUGGAAGCUAUAAAAGCCCACCCAGCUUGUAGAUGGUUAGAAACAUGUGUACAGUCCCAGACACAGUUGCCUGUUUAAUGGGGCAUGGUAACAUUUAUUCAGUACUUGCCAUCUAUUAGGCACAGGUCUCAGUACCUAACAUGUUAGCAUGCUUAGCAUUAGCUCUUUUAAUGCUCAUAAUGUCCUAAUUGGGUUGUUCAGAUCAGGAAACUGAGGUUCAGGGAGGUGAAGUAACGUGUCCAAGGCCACAGAGCUAGAAAGUGGCAGAACCCACAUUAAAACCAGAGACUUUGACAGCACAGUCUGGCAUUGAUAGGUACUGAGAUGUCUUUUUUUAGGAGAUCAUAGAAAGAUAGGUGUUCUAGGACAGUUUUAACAUUUGGUAUCUUUGUAGUUUUUAGUCUGAAAAUCUACUUUGUAGGGAAAGUAAGUAUUAUACUGAUUAACACUUAAAUGAGGUAUAAGCUUAUUUUUAUAUUUUUGGGACUGGAACAAUAAAAAAGCUUCUUAAACCUUAUUUGAUUUUUUUUAAAAAAAGGGAUAGCCUUUCAAACUUGAUUGUUGAGAUAUUUCAGGCCCGUGCCUGCAAAACGAAUAAAUAGCAAAAAUUUUGAAAAAUUAGCAAAAACCAUGAAAACAGUUAAAGCAGAAGUUAAUCCUAAUAGCUCAGAACUGCCGGAGUGUGAAGCUUGAUUCCCGCUGGCAAGGCCAUUUGAAGUAGCACUGAGGUCCGCUCAGCUGGAAGGUAGGCGCCAGCUUCAGUGUUUUAUUGGGGUUAUAACAUCUUUCCAGAUAAAAAAGGAGCACCCUCAAAGGGCUGCCUCAGCCCUGUUCUUUCUGGGUGAGCGGGAUUUACAGAGAGCCUUGUUGGGAAUGGCUUCUUGUUACAGACACUCUGGGUCCCUAGGUGAUCGGCACACCUAGGCUGCCUCCGAGUGGUCAUGAGUCCCUUCUCUGCCCUUAAUGCCCAGUGGAUUCUGGGGGGCAUAGCUUAAAUUCCCUUGUCACUGUGCAUAAAUUAACUAAAUUAAAUGCAAACCAACACCUUGCUCCUCUGGCCUCCAGAGGGCUGCACGGUCCUGCAGAGCGAUGGCCACAUCAUCUGUCUUUGGGACAGUGUCCAGUUUGCUGGGGGACAGGCUUUUCGCCUCUGGAUGAAAACAGGAUUUUCUUUCACUUGCUGGCAAAGUUUAUGUUUGUAUCUUAAAUUAAGCUUUAUAGCAUUAGGAUUAUUGAGAGCCUACUCAUUCCAGUUUCCAAAAAUGAAACUAAGAGAAACUGUGUUGUUUUUUAUCAAUUUUGUAGUCAGCUGCUGAAUGCUGACCAGGUUUUCCAGUGAUUUUGAUGUGCAAACAUUUUAUGCACAUGUGGAAUACUGAGUAUUAAUAAUUCAGUUUGCAUGAAGAAGAAACUGAAGAGGCCUCUGAACUGCUCAGCUUGCUAUGGGAUGGAUGAAGAAGAGAACCACUAUGUCUCGCAGCUCAGGGAAGUCUAUAGCAGCUGUGACACCACAGGGACCGGCUUUCUGGACCGCCAGGAGCUGACCCAGCUCUGCCUUAAGCUUCACCUGGAGCAGCAGCUGCCUGUCCUACUGCAGACGCUUCUCGGAAACGACCAUUUCGCCAGGGUUAACUUUGAGGAAUUUAAGGAAGGUUUUGUGGCUGUGUUGUCAUCAAAUGCUGGUGUUCGCCCCUCAGAUGAAGACAGUAGUUCUUUGGAAUCAGCUGCCUCCAGUGCCAUCCCUCCAAAGUAUGUGAAUGGAUCUAAGUGGUAUGGCCGUCGGAGCCGGCCCGAGCUAUGUGACACUGCCACAGAAGCCAGACACGUGCCCGAGCAGCAAACCCAGGCCAGCCUGAAAAGUCAGCUCUGGCGCUCAGCAUCUCUGGAGAGCGUGGAGAGUCUCAAGUCAGAUGAAGAGGCCGAGAGCACUAAAGAAGCUCAGAAUGAAUUAUUCGAAGCACAAGGACAGAUGCAGACCUGGGAUACCGAGGACUUUGGGAGCCCUCAGAAGUCCUGCAGCCCCUCCUUUGACACCCCAGAGAGCCAAAUCCGGGGCAUGUGGGAAGAGCUGGGGGUGGGCAGCCGCGGGCACCUGAGCGAGCAGGAGCUGGCUGUGGUCUGCCAGAGCGUCGGGCUCCGGGGACUCGAGAAAGAGGAACUUGAAGACCUGUUUAACAAACUGGAUCAAGACGGAGACGGCAAAGUGAGUCUUGAGGAAUUCCAGCUUGGCCUCUUCAGUCACGAGCCCGCGCUACUUCUGGAGUGUUCCACUCAAGUUAAACUGAGCAAGCCUUGGUCUCAUUACCAGGAAAACAGUCGCCUACAGAAGGAGAUUGUGGAAGUGGCAGAAAAGCUUUCAGAUUCAGAGAGGCUGGCCCUGAAGCUGCAGAAGGACCUGGAGUUUGUGCUGAAGGACAAGCUGGAGCCACAGAGUGCAGAGCUCCUGGCCCAGGAGGAGCGGUUCGCAGCAGUCCUGAAGGAAUACGAGCUCAAGUGCCGGGACCUGCAGGACCGCAACGAUGAGCUGCAAGCUGAGCUGGAAGGCCUGUGGGCACGGCUGCCCAAGAACCAGCACAGCCCCUCAUGGAGCCCGGGUGGGUGCACACGGCAGCUCUCUGGACUUGGCCCAGCAGGCAUUUCAUUCCUGGGUAAUUCUGUUCCAGUGAGUAUAGAAACGGAGCUGAUGAUGGAGCAGGUGAAGGAGCAUUACCAAGACCUCGGGACCCAGCUGGAGACCAAGGUAAAUCACUACGAAAGGGAAAUUGCGGCACUGAAAAGGAACUUUGAGAAGGAGAGGAAGGACAUGGAGCAGGCUCGCAGGCGUGAGGUCAGCGUGCUGGAGGGUCAGAAGGCUGACCUGGAGGAGCUCCACAAGAAGUCUCAGGAGGUCAUCUGGGGCCUGCAGGAGCAGCUGCAGGACACAGCCCACGACCCCGAGCCUGAGCGGAUGGGCCUGGCGCCCUGCUGCACCCAGGCACUGUGUGGCCUGGCCCUGCGGCAUCAGAGCCACCUGCGGCAGAUCAGGAGAGAGGCCCAGGCGGAGCUGGGCGGAGAGCUGUUGGGGCUGAGAGCCCUGCCCGCUCGCAGAGACCUGACCUUGGAGCUGCAGGAGCCGCUGCAGGGACCCCUGCCACGCGGGAGCCGGAGGUCGGAGCAGCUGAACUUGGAGAGUGCACUGAACUUGGAGUGUGCGAGCGAGAAGGGCGCCCAGAUGUGCGCAUCGUUGGCCCUCAAGGAGGAGUUGGAGCUUGCCGGUGGGAAGCGAGUGGACGGGCUCUCCCGGGAAGCAGAGAUGCUGGGGGCCCUGCCAAAAGAAGGGCUGGUGGCAGGAAGUGGCCGGGAGGGCGCACGUGGCCUCCUGCCACUGAGCCCGGGCUAUGGGGAGCGGCCACUGGCCUGGCUGACCCCAGGCGAUGGCGGAGAGUCAGAGGAGGCGGCAGGAGCCGGGUCUCGCUGCAAGCAAGCCCAGGACACAGAAGCCACGAAGAGCCCGGCCCCCGCCCCUGCCCCGGCAUCCCACGGGCCUUCAGAGAGGUGGUCACACGUACAGCCCUGUGGGGUGGAUGGGGGGACUGUCCCAGAGGAGCCAGAGCUUUUCGGUGUGCCUGUGGGGCUGGAGCAGCCUGGACCCCGGGAGCUGCCUCUGCUGGGAACAGAGGGGGACGCCUCGCAAACCCAGCCACGGAUGUGGGAGUCACCCCUGAGCCCGGCCGCUUCGUGCAGGGGACAGGCUGAGAAGCCACAGGCCAUUCAGGAAGAGCGAGCGCGAAGCUGGAGCAGGGGCACCCAGGGGCAGGCCUCGGAGGAGCAGGCCCGGGCCGAGGGCGCCCUGGAGUCUGCGUGCCAGGAGCACGGCGUGGAGGUCGCCAGGAGAGGGUCCUUGCCAUCCCACCUCCAGCUCGCGGACCCACGGGCUUCCAGGCAGGAGCAGCUUGCCGCCCCGGAAGAGGGAGAGACCAAAACAGCGCUGGAGAGAGAGAAGGAUGACAUGAAAACCAAACUUCUACAUCUGGAAGACGUCGUCCGGGCUCUGGAGAAACAUGUAGAUUUGAGAGAGAAUGACAGACUGGAGUUCCAUAGACUUUCCGAAGAAAACGCUUUGUUGAAAAACGACCUGGGAAGGGUUCGGCAAGAGCUUGAAGCUGCAGAAAGCACUCACAAUGCACAGAGGAAGGAAAUUGAGGUUUUAAAGAAAGACAAGGAAAAGGCCUGCUCUGAGAUGGAGGUGCUCACCAGACAGAAUCAGAACUACAAGGAUCAAUUAUCCCAGCUCAAUGACAGGGUUCUUCAACUGGGACAGGAGGCUUCUACCCACCAGGCCCAAAGUGAGGAGCAUCGUGUGACCAUUCAGCUGUUAACACAGAGCCUGGAGGAGGUGGCAUGCAGUGGGCAGCAGCAGAGUGACCAAAUCCAAAAACUUAAAGUUGAACUUGAAUGCCUGAAUCAGGAAUAUCAGAGCCUGCAACUGUCACAGUCAGAGCUGACCCAGACCCUUGAAGAAAGUCAAGGCCAGGUGCAAGGAGCUCACCUGAGGCUGAGGCAGGCCCAGGCCCAGCACUCGCAGGAGGUCCGGCAGCUGCAGGAACAGAUGAGCCGGCUGGUGCCCCGAGACCGUGUGGCUGAGCUGCAGCGCCUGCUCAGCCUUCAGGGAGAGCAGGCUGGGAGGCGCCUGGAUGCACAGCGGGAAGAACAUGAGAAACAGCUGAAAGCCACAGAAGAGCGGGUCGAAGAGGCGGAGAUGAUUCUGAAGAAUAUGGAAAUGCUCCUCCAAGAGAAAGUGGAUGAGCUGAAGGAGCAGUUUGAAAAGAACACGAAGUCCGACCUGCUGCUGAAGGAGCUGUACGUGGAGAAUGCCCACCUGGUGAGAGCACUUCAGGCCACCGAGGAGAAGCAGCGAGGCGCCGAGAAACAAAGCCGCAUCUUGGAAGAAAAAGUUCGCGCUCUCAACAAACUCGUCAGUAGGAUUGCCCCCGCAGCCCUCUCUGUGUAAAGACGGAUUGUUUUCCAGGAUUCAUUCGAAAGCACAUCUUUUAAAUUAAGCCACUGUGAUGCCUUAGUUUUCCAUGGGUCAUGAGCCAUGAGUCCUGGGACAUCUGAGGAUUGGGAUUCUUUGUUCACCCCCCAGACAGUUAAUGCCCUGCCCUGGGCAAGAUCGGGGUCGGGGGCUGGGGGAAUAUGCAUGUUGAAAAAGCCUGCGUUUUUAUUAGCGGUCCUGAGUAAUUUUCCUUGGCAAAAUUCCCCGUUUUGCCACUUGUUGGAGGCAGAUUCUGGGAGCUGUCAGCAAGGAGCAGCUAAGUGAGCAGUUAAGGACAACACUUUCCAUGUGGCACUUCUGAGCCGGCUGUCAGAUUGAAAUGUAAAAUCAGGGCUCUGUACAGUUUUGCCAUUUCACUGUUCUGCUUUGAGCUUAGGUUAUUAGAACGCUUGGUGGCGGGUGUGUACACACAUUCCAGAAAGGCUUCACUCGCUGGGAACGUCAACCCAGCAAGAAAAGAGGGGAAGCCCCUUCUCCAGGGACCUUAUCUGUGGACUCAGGGAUGAUGGUGUUUAUUGCAAAUGCACAAUCUUUUUCCCAUUGAAAUGUCAUCACACUGGAAAUUGUACUAUAUGUAAAAAAAAAAAAAGUAUAGUUUUAUAUUUGAAAUGUAUACAAAUUAUGGCCAUAUGGCUGACUGGAAUGUACUGCUGUAAUAUAAAAAGUCACUGUAUUUGCAAUAAAUUCUUUCCUAUUAAAAUUGA